AUGCAUGUCCCCGAAUCCCAGCGAGAAUUCCUCGACAAAGUACAGGAAGUUCUUCGCCGAUAUGAUGCCCAGCUAAAGGACAUCAAUCACAAGAUCUGGUCUAACCCAGAACUUGCGUAUGAAGAGUACAAGGCUCAUGAUCAUAUUUGCGAGCUGUUUGACAGCCUCAAGAACAAUGGUUAUCAGGUGCGCCGUAAAGCGUUUGGCUUGGAGACUGCUCUCGAAGUUGAUUAUGUCCACGGCAACGGGGGUCGUGUUGUUGCAUUCAACGCAGAAUACGAUGCUCUGCCUGGUAUCGGCCAUGCCUGCGGCCACAAUCUGAUCGCGACUAGCUCCAUCGCGGCCUUUAUUGCGACCUGCGAGUCUAUGAAAGCCCAAGCAUCUUCCGUAUCUGGAUUCACAGUUCGUCUGCUUGGAACACCAGCCGAGGAGUCUGGCGGCGGUAAAGUUAAGCUUAUCAAGGCCGGCGCCUAUAAGGGCGUGGACGCGUGUCUAAUGGUUCACCCCGUUCCAAUGAUACCGGGAAAGCCGGAUCUUCAUUGUAUGGCUACGGUCCAGGAAGGAGGGUUCCUCGCCAACGAUAAGGUCAAGGUGACUUUUACUGGAAAACCGGCCCAUGCCGCGGCUGCUCCCUGGGAGGGUAUCAAUGCUUUGGAUGCGGUAGUCUCGGCAUACGUGAACAUAUCGAUGCUCCGGCAACAGAUUUUGCCGAGCCAGAAGGUUCACGGUGUCAUUGUCAACGGAGGCGAUCGGCCAAACGUGAUUCCUAUGACCGCUACAGUGGACUACUAUAUUCGCUCGCCCACAACCAAGACCUUAAAGACAUUAACUGAAAAGGUUAUCAAGUGCUUUGAGGCUGCUGCCACUGCCACCGGGUGCAAGGUUGAUCAUACCUGGGGUAUUUCGUAUGCUGAUCUCAAAACAAACGUUCCAAUUUGUGAGAGCUAUGUCUCAGCAAUGAGAUCAAUGGGUUAUCAUACUAUCUUUGAUAACUCAGAGCAAAAGGGAGGGCUUGGGGGUGGAUCUACUGAUAUGGGAAACGUGUCCUACGAGGUUCCUGGAUUCCAUGGAAUGUUCUGUAUCCCAACCGAAGGCGUGAAUCAUACCCCUGAGUUUACCAAUGGAGCUGGAUCACCAGAAGGAUUUGAGAGAGCAAUUGCCUGCGCGGCAGGAAUGGCUGUAGUGGCAUGUCAGGUUCUGGUGGACGAUAAAUUUGCCGAACAGGUGAAGGAAAACUUUCAGCGUCAGUGA